UAAUUCUUGUACUCUGGAACCUUGAUAACGACUAAUUCUUUUUGGACAAAUAAAGAUAAGCCAAUAUAUUGCUCGUGUGAACAAUUAAGAAGUUAGUGAACUCCGAAAAGUUCCAAGAGAUUGUAUAUCAGGAUAUAUACAAAUUUGUGAUUAAAAAAUGUCUGAGAAAAGCAAAUGGAAUUUUUCAGAAUUAAAUGAACUUGCUUCGGAAAAGAAUGGUGGAAAAGUUAUAUUUGCAACGGAUGAAUGGUUUGCUGCAGCAGAUAAUCUUUUGAAGGAUGAUGAACCGGUAUGGAAAGAAGGAAUUUAUACAAACUAUGGUAAAUGGAUGGAUGGAUGGGAAACUCGACGGAAAAGAUGUGCUGGUCAUGAUUGGGCUAUUAUAGCUUUAAAUAGCCCGUCUAUUAUUAAAGGGUUCUGUGUUGAUACAGCAUAUUUUACUGGAAACUAUGCUCCAAGGGUUUCCAUUCAAGCAGCACAACUUUAUGAAAAUGAGCUCAAGUUGUUUCCGGUUCGAUCUGCUAGCUUUAAAGCAGGCGUAGCAGCUUCAAAGGAUAACUUGACUCAAAUAGAAUCUUUAAGAACUGAUGAAUGGACAACGAUAUUACCAAUGAGCAAAUUAGAAGCUGGCUAUGAAAGUACCCGAAGAAAUUACUUUCCAGCAUUUAAUAGUCAUCAGUCAUGGACUCAUCUACGAUUAAAUUUAUAUCCUGAUGGAGGAAUAGCAAGACUACGUGUUUACGGUCGAAUAGUUCCUCCAUUAAGAAUUCCGAAAUUUAUUUCAGAACUGGUUGAUCUAAUUGCUAGAGAAAAUGGUGGUGUGUGCGAGAAAUAUAGCAACGCUCAUUAUGGACAUCCAAGGAAUUUGAUCAAGAAUGAAAAUGGAGUUGGAAUGUUCGAUGGAUGGGAGACUGCAAGGAGACUUGAUAGGCCAGCAAUUAUUCAAGUUGAUAAUUCAGGCAUUCUUCAAAUCCCUGGUGAAGAGUGGGCAAUAUUCAAACUUGGAUACGUUGGACUGAUCGAAAAAAUCAUCAUCGAUACUUUCCAUUUUAAGGGAAACUUUCCAGAUAAUGUUAAGAUCGAAGGUACAUUCAUAUCUUGCAGAGAUGAUAUUAUUGCUGAUCACCAUGAUGCCUUAUGGCAAACAAUUCUUCCUAAAAAGAAAUUACACCCUCAUAAAUCCCAUGUUUAUUUAUCAAAUGAUUUAUUAUGGUGUGGUCCAGUAAGUCAUAUACGAAUUAUUAUUAGUCCAGAUGGUGGAAUAUCAAGACUAAGAAUUUGGGGCUAUGUAUAUUAUUCCGGCUCUGAAAACUCGAUUUAAUGGUCCACCUGUUCUUAUUCACUGGAUUCUUAUGAAACUCAAUACAGUAGUGAUCCUGGGUAAAUUUCAAUUUGACAUCAACUCAUUCGAAGACUUUGGAGAGUGGAGAAAAAUUGAGGUGAGUGUAUAUAGGUAUAUAAAAGUAUUGUAAGUGAAGGAAAGAGCGCCGGAGUAGACAGUUAGAGUGUAAAAGUCGAAUGAAUGAGUAUGCAGACAGACAUACUUUAAAGUCUGUGUAGUUUUACCACUCUCUGUAGCGUGGAAAAGUUGUUAAAUUGUAUUUUGAAACGAUUGUGCUAAUAUUGUAUUUAUAUUACGAAAAUAAAUAUUUAGUGUUUAAAGAUUA